CGAGGAUAUUGGUAACCUAAAUACCUAGGGUAAUGCAGUAUUUGUGCUUAUGUUAUUUUGACAUUAAACCUAUGUUGAAUUCGACUCUUAACACUAGGUGUUGAAAGCUAAAAUAACGUUACUGCAUCAUAUAAUUUGAGUAGCAUUCACAAAUAAGACCUAUUUUGGAUAAGACCUAAAGAUUUGCAUGUGCAGAGAUUUCUUUGGUAUAAUAAUUAGGUUAUGUGAUUUGUUUACCUAUUUCAAAUAAACAUUUCUGUUUUGUUUUUUGGUGAUUGUCAGUAAACCAGUUACAAAACACAAAAACUAUUAAUUAACAAACAACAUGUUGAAAAUAAAAAUAACCUUGGCCUACUCUGUGUUAGCAGGUAGUCCGGUUUUUGGGGUUAACUGGAAUAUUGGAAACGAAGAUUCUAGGGCUCCAAGAAUUUUCUUAUUUAAACAGACUGAGUUACAAACUAUGCGCCUUGAGUUUAUAUAAAGCCAUUUAAUCGAGAAAUCUGUAGAAUUAUACAAACGCUUGUUUAUUUAAAUGAAACAAUGGAACGACUUCUUGAAUAUUCGCGCUCGGGUCCCAAGAGUGGCGUUGGCUUCUUCGCAACCAUUAUGUCUUCUACAAAAUUCAACAUUGGCCUUGCUGGAGACGAAAAAAGAUCCACCAGAGUUCAAAAAAUACAAAGCGGUGGACACUCUGAUAUUUUUGGCAUCAAUGAAAAUCAACAAUCUGCCGCCACGCCGCAAAAAAGACUCAAUCAACCACAGUCAACUAUUGGCAGUUGUUUCAUGGAAAAUGUGAGGGAAGAGCCUAACGUAAUGCCUGAAGCUAAAUUUAAUGGGGAUGUACCUUUAGCCAAGGUGGAAGUUGAGGAGGUAGAUGUCGGUUCUGAUGAAAACCAAAUUCCCAAAGAAGUGAACGGGGUGGAGAAGAAGGAUGAAGAAAUCGCUAAGCGGGUCCGAGUACCUCCAGGCGGAUUUUGUAGUCGGUUGUGGUAAAGAUAGUACUUUUAAAUAAUACUAUCAGUGGCCUUUCUUAACCACCUGCUUUUUUGUUUGUUAUUAUGCAUUUUUUUUGUGUUUUUAGUAUACAAAAGUAUUGUCACCACUAGCAAAAUUUUCCUACAUUUUGAAUAAUAAUAAUAAGAAAUUAUUCAUCCACAUUUCAAAAAAGACUAUUGAAAGAAAUGUACUCAAUAUUUAUAGCAAUAAGGUCGAUAUUUUCGUGUGAUGACUAAUUUUGGCAUUAUUAUUGUUCAGAUUUGAUUUUUUUGCUCUCUAGCAUAAUUGUUUAGCUUAAACCAAAUAUAAUAAUUUAUUUUUUAACAUUUUAGCUUAAUAUUAAAACUAAACAUUAUGUUGGUGGUAAAAUCAGGCUUAUAUGCAGGUCGUGUCAAACAGAUAAAAGUUUAUACUUUUUGUGUGAAGGCUUUGCAAAUCUCAGUAAAUUUUUUGUUAUAGACUCAAAAAAGCCGCUUCAAUUUUUUUUUUCGGUUACAUAAAUGAUUCACAUGAUCACUUGUAGAUCAUAAAUUUCAAAUUAAUUUUUCUAAAGUCUAAUGGGCCCCAUACACUACGUUCUUUCUCAUCGGGUUUCAUCGCCGUGUUGAAACACGUUGUGCCAAAACCAAAGUGUGUGGUAGAAAAACACGACGGUUUUCUACCACACACUUCGGUUUUGGAACGACGUGUUUCAUCGUGGCGGUGAAAACCGACGAGAAAGAAUGAUGUUAAAAAUGUCGUUUUGAUUGCCUUCACUCCGUUUGACAGUACUUAUAUAAAAAAUGUAACAUUUAUAGAAAGAAAUAAUGUGCCUUUCGAACAUUCUAUUGUUUUAAAUUUGGAACUGAAAUAUCUACCUCCAAUCACUACUAUAAAAUGUAAUAAUUACUACAAGUUAAUAAACUUAAUGUUUGUAAUCAGAAGUAUCAAAUCUGUUUGAUGAAAUAAUAUUAGACUUUUUGAAUUUUUACCUCCCAUAUUACAAUCUGUGUGUUAAAGGAUCUAGUGAUAUUCAUGAGGAUAUUUAGAAUAAUAUUACAUGUCACUUGAGUGCCAUUGUCUAUAUGUAUUCGAAAUCAUGUACUUUUCAGCUUUUCAAUAAAAUAUUCCAAAAACA